GCUGAGUCUUGCGGGCAGGUGGGGGCCGCAGCUCCGUUGACGCCGCCGCUUCGCAGGGAUGCCGCGGCCGGGCUCGGCGCCGCGCUGGUCGGCCGCCGCGGGCCGUUGGGGAUGCAGGUUGCUUCCGCUGCUGCUGCUGCUGCUGCUGCCGGGCCCGAGCGGCGCCUCCGAGAUCACCUUCGAGCUGCCCGACAAUGCCAAGCAGUGUUUCUACGAGGACAUCACCCAAGGCACCAAGUGCACCCUGGAGUUCCAGGUGAUCACUGGUGGUCACUACGAUGUAGAUUGUCGAUUGGAAGACCCUGAUGGUAAAGUGUUGUACAAAGAGAUGAAGAAACAGUAUGACAGUUUCACCUUCACAGCCUCCAGAAAUGGAACAUAUAAAUUUUGCUUCAGCAAUGAGUUUUCUACUUUCACACACAAAACAGUGUAUUUUGAUUUUCAAGUUGGAGAAGACCCACCUUUGUUUCCCAGUGAGAACCGAGUCAGUGCCCUUACCCAGAUGGAAUCUGCUUGUGUUUCCAUUCAUGAGGCACUUAAGUCUGUCAUCGACUAUCAGACUCAUUUCCGACUGAGGGAGGCUCAAGGCCGAAGCCGAGCGGAGGAUCUCAAUACAAGAGUGGCCUAUUGGCAUUCAAUAGCCUCAGGACCUGUAUACUGCCAUGAGUCGGAGGCCAAGAACUCUAAGGAUUUGUCCUUGCAUGGUCUUGUGGAGCAUAGCAAUAGAACAGAGCAGCGGAUGGAAGAGCAGUGGGGAGCGGAGGCGAAGGGAGAGCUGCCUGAGGAGGAAGCCGAAGAAGAAGUCUUCCUCAAAUUUGUGAUACUGCAUGCACAAGACGACAUAGAUGAGGCCCUCAGAGUCCAGAAUCUACUACAGAAUGACUUCGGUAUCAGGCCUGGGAUGAUUUUCGCCGAGAUGCCGUGUGGCAGGCUGCAUUUGCAGAAUCUAGAUGAUGCUGUAAAUGGGUCUGCAUGGACAAUCUUGUUACUGACUGAAAACUUCCUAAGAGACACCUGGUGUAACUUUCAGUUCUACACCUCCCUGAUGAAUUCUGUCAACCGGCAGCACAAGUACAACUCCGUCAUACCCAUGCGGCCCCUGAACAGCCCUCUCCCUCGGGAAAGGACUCCCUUGGCGCUACAGACUAUCAAUGCCUUAGAAGAAGAAAGCCGAGGCUUUUCUACACAAGUGGAGAGAAUUUUCCAGGAGUCUGUGUAUGAAAGGCAACAGGCUAUAUGGAAAGAGGCACGGAAUGUGAUGCGUGCACAGUUUGUUGCCUGAGAUGAAACAUACACCCAGCUGCCUCCUGUUUUGUAAACAAAAUGAUUCAUC